AAAAACAAUCCUGCAAACGCUGAAAUCAUGAAUAUUAAUGACGUAAUGUGACGUCCUCCACUACGGAAGGCAAAUGAUCUCAGCUGCUUAUGAAUAUGCAUUACGUCACGGGACUGGGCGCUCUUAGAACUUCGGUUACCAAGCAACGUCGGCGAGCCUCAAUUCAUAUGCAUGAGCUCAGGCUUCGGGAAGGGCUGCAGCAAGAUGGGCUGACGUCACAGCAGGAGGAGAGCCGAAGUGAGUUGGGCCACUUUUCUCCAUCCUAGCGAUGAUGGCGUCCCAACACCCAUGAUCAAGCAGAAAAAGAAGAGAAAGAAAGAGAGAAAGAAAGCGAGGCUCCUGAAAGGAUCGCGAUGUUUAUUUUUCACUCGGAUUAAAUUCAUUCUUUAGUUGAUAAUGUCUGGAUCAUUGACUUUGUACUGGCGGUUCGGGUAAGGUGCAGGUGCCUCCAUCCAUCCGUUCAUCUAUCCAUCCAUCCAGCGCAGUGGAGGGCACGGGCCGGGCCGAUGGCUGCUGGGGGAGGCGGAGGAGGAUGCGGGGAGUCGGUGGAUCAUUACCGGGCGGAAGUGGAGCGGCUGACCCGCGAGCUCGCCGAGGCCAACCGCGAGAAGGUCCGGGCGGCGGAGUGCGGGCUCGUGGUGCUGGAGGAGAACCAGACCCUCAAACAACAGUAUGCGGAGCUGGAGGCCGAGCAGGAGACCCUCAGACAGGAGCUGGAGCAACUGCAGGAGGCCUUCAGCCAGGCGUACACCACCCAAAGGAAGGUGGCUGAAGAUGGGGAGACCAACGAGGAGACAUUACUGCAGGAGUCGGCCACUAAGGAAGCGUACUACAUGGGCCGCCUGAUGGAGCAGCAAGCUGAGCUGAAGAGCAGCAGAUCGCAGGCAUCUUGCACGCAGGCCGAGAACGAGAGACUUGGCUCUAUCUUACAGGAACUGAGAGAGAGUAAUGAGAUGUUAGAGCUGCAGAGAAGCCGGAUGAGAGAGGAGAUCAGAGAGUAUAAAUUCAGAGAGGCCAGAUUACUGCAAGACUACACCGAACUGGAGGAGGAGAACAUCUCGCUGCAGAAACUGGUAUCCACGCUUAAGCAGAACCAGGUGGAGUAUGAAGGCCUGAAGCAUGAAAUCAAAGUUCUGGAGGAGGAGACAGCCCUGCUUAACAGCCAAUUAGAAGAUGCGCUACGCCUGAAGGACAUCUCCGAGAGCCAAUUGGAAGAGGCUUUGGAUGCUCUGAAAAGUGAGCGAGAAAUGAAGAACACUUUGCGCAAGGAAUUAGCACAACAUCUAACCGUGUGCGACGGGGCUUUCAGCUCAGGCUGUGCCCAUCUGAUCGCCUUGUGCUCAGCGCCACCUAGUGGCAGCGCAACCCCGACAGCCGCCACCUCGCCCAGCAGUGAGGACGGUGGCAAAUGCAACGGGCAUCUGCUCCAGGGUGCGGCGGGUUCGGUGCUAAACCGACUGAACGGAGAUUUCAGGUCUUCGAGUUUGAGGAAGAGUGAAAUUUUGACCCCUGACCUCUUCAGUGAGCUCAAUGGCCCCGAGAUCCUGAAACUCAGACAACAGAUUCAGCAGGUGGAACGGGAAAAAGCAUCUUUGCUCAUCAGCUUGCAAGAAUCACAGGCUUUGCUCCGUCACACGCAGGGGGCGCUGACGGAGCAGCAUGAGAGGGCCAGUCGCUUGGGCGAGCGGUUCAGAAAACUCCGCCGCCAGCGCAGCAGCAAGGAAAACAAGGAGGAAGAAGAGGGUGAUGAAGAAGAGACAACGUGCAUCCCUGGCGGCCAGGAAGGGCCGAGUCUGGAGUUGCUGCAGUGUAAGUACAGGGUGGCCGUGACGGAGGUAGUCGGACUGAAGGCGGAGCUUAAGGAGGUGAAGGAUAGAUAUAAUGAGUGCGUGGAGGCAAGAGCACGGGCGGAUGAGCAGGGCAAGGCGCAACUGCAGGCGCUGGAGAUGCAAGUGGCAAAGCUGGAGCGCAGCUGCAGGGAAGGCCGGGAGAAGGCGGUGAAUCUGGAACGCGAGCUGCAGGCAGCCAAUAACACAGCCUUCGAGACGCAUGGAAUUCUGGGAACCGCCCAAGAUGAGCUGGCGAUAUUCAGCGAGGAGUUAGCGCAACUUUACCACCACGUCUGCCUGUGCAACAAUGAGACACCGAACCGCGUUACGCUGGACUACUACCGGCAGGGCAGGACCCCGACGCGCAUUUCCACCGCUGGCCUCAAGGGGCAGGAUGACCACCGUGUGCUUCUGACCCCGCGGCUCGCACGCCGCUUGGCGGCGAUUAAUGCUGCAACAUCCGCCGAGUCGCGUAGCCCGUCUGACUCACCAUCCAAAGAACCUCUCACUGCUGAGCAGAGCCCGGUCAGGACGCCACUGGGUUCGCCCAUCGUUAGUGCCUCUUCCUCGUCAUCAUCGUCAUCCCCAGCGCCCGAGUCAGCCACGGGUUCAGAACUGCGCCGCGAACCCACCAACAUCCACCAUCUCAACGCCAUCAUCCGCGACCAGAUCAAGCACUUGCAGAAGGCGGUGGACCGCUCGCUCCAGCUGUCCCGUCAGAGAGCGGCUGCCAGCGAGCUCGCCCCGCUGAUGGACAAGGACAAAGAGGCCUGCAUGGAGGAGAUUCUCAAGCUCAAGUCCCUCCUGAGCACAAAGAGGGAGCAGAUUGCAACCUUGCGCCUUGUGUUGAAAGCCAACAAGCAGACGGCUGAGGGGGCCCUGGCCAACCUGAAGAGUAAAUACGAGAACGAGAAGACCAUGGUGACGGAGACCAUGAUGAAGCUGAGGAACGAGCUGAAGGCGCUGAAAGAGGAUGCAGCCACCUUCUCUUCCCUCAGAGCCAUGUUCGCCACACGGUGUGAUGAGUAUGUGUCUCAGCUGGACGAGAUGCAGAGACAACUCGCGGCGGCAGAGGAUGAGAAAAAGACGUUAAACUCUCUCCUCCGCAUGGCCAUCCAGCAAAAACUCGCCCUCACGCAGAAACUGGAGGACCUGGAGUUCGACCAAGAGCAGACGCACCGGACCCGCGUGGGAAAACCAUCCCGGCUGAGGAGCGGCACACCCAAAGUAAGUGGAACGCCAGUCCCGCCCCUUCCCGACACUCCUUUGACAAUUACCGAGGUCCUUACGGCAGCAGCCGCCAUCACCUCGCCCACCACACCCCCCUUUAUGCCCACCCAGCCUUCUGCCCCAAGCAGCCCGCCCUCGCUGGAGGCCCCGUCGUCACCCGCAUCGUCCUCCUGGACACCGUCAACCAUGCCGUACAGCCAUUGGACCAUGGGCGUCCGGGCGUAUGUCGUCGAGCCGCACACUUACACCCAUCUACCGACUCAUACCUCCAUCCUGGCCCGUCGCUAUGCAAGCGAGUCGCACUAUUCCCCAGGCUCCGCCCCUUCCUCGCCCUACCGCUCCCCCCUUUUGGCCAGUCGCCGCUCCAUGUGGAGCUCGUCCCAAUCUCGCCCCCUUCCCAGCCACUUCCAGCGCUCCACGUCUCGCUACACGCCCCCCUCGUCUACCUACACCCCUUUGUAUCCCAGAAACUACAGUUCCCAGCAUCCCCGCUACUGACGGGUGCCGCAGAGAGGAGGACACACUGGUUUCUGUUUUGAAUGUUUCGUUUUUUUUUUUUUUUUUUUACCUCAGGGAUUUAAUGGAGCACAAGUGGCCCGGCCUUCUUCAAAAGAGACUGUUGAUCAGUUCUCAGGACACUGUGUUCUGUCCCAAUCUGAGAGCACGUGGACUGUUCAAGUACACGUCCGAGAGACUCAACAGGACAUUACAUUGAAAGAAUCAGCUUUUGUUUGGGGUUGUUGGCGUGUAUCAGGGUGAAUGUGUAAUUGUCACAUGAUAGAUGGUUUUUGAACACUAAAACCUUCGCUGCGUGUCUGUCAUUAUUCGUUCGUACGGAGAGUCAAUUAAGCAACAAGAUUUUAUAUGAAAUGCCAAUUUCAGUUUAAUUUUGGUUUAGGUUGUGUAUAAUCUGAGAAAACUGGCUAUGUUCGGAAUGGAACACUAGUGUACUGCAUACUGCAUCUAGUGCAGUAUAUAAUAGGGUUGUGACGAGAUCUCGUGCCAUGAGAUUGAAAUAUGACAAGAUUUCUCGUCGAGAUGAAAAGCUGUCUCGUGAUAUUGCUAUGACGGAGUGUGAGGGUGAAAUUAGGUUAGAAUAUACCACCGCUACGUUUACAUUAUGCCUCCACUGUCAUUUAGAUUUUUAUAGAAAUAAAAACCAUUUAAUUCAGUUGGAUAACGGUCACUUUAAUCCCAUUUGUCGUACGUACUGCAGCAGGAAUCAGAGUUUAGUAAUCACGUGAUGUAAGUGACGAGAUGACUGACAAGACCAUGGCGGAGGAUUCGUUGCUCAACAGAGCCUAAAAGCAUCUGACAAAUGUCUUAUCUUGUAGAAUGCAUGCUCAGCACUGUCGCUCCCUAUUCACAGAGUACUAAUUAUAAUUUACUAAUUUAUAAUGUUUUUAUUUCUAUGAUCAAUUUGUGGAAAGGAGUUCAGUUAGGAGGUCAAAAGUUGUAGAAGCUCAUAAUUCAUGUACAGUUCUAAGGUCUGAAGGGACCUUUUGUCAUUGAGGAUUUCUUACAAAUACUGUGUAAAAAUCUCGUCUUGUUUUUGUGGACUCAAUCUUGUCUCGUGAGCUAACCGUCUCGUCAUACCCCUAGUAUAUAAUGUACGCUGCCUACUGUUUUUAAAAAAUAGUAUACAUGCACAUUUCAGUUAACCUGCUUCUACAUUAUCAGUUAUUCUCACUAAGUUGCUUUUAUUUCAGCAAAAGUCUUUUAAUUAUUAUCUUAAGCUUAGUUAGUUUGCAUCCAAUUUUGUUUUAUUUCACUUCAAUGUCUUAACUACUUUCAAAAUUCUGGCUGUGUUCCAAAUGGAAUACUAGCGUUCUACUGUACUUACUGCAUACUGCGCAGUAUUCACUCUAUACUAUAAACAACCGUUUAAAUUAUUUCCUGUUGCAUAAUGCAUUCUGUUAGACUUAAUAUUUUUAUGAAAUAAUGCAACGGGAAAUAUUUAAAAUGGUUGUAUGUUACAUUGACAAAAAAGGAAUAUUGCAGUGUUGUCACAUGACCUCAGUAGGUUGUGUUUAAUUCAGUUAUGUCAAAAAUAUAUAUAUUUUUUUAUUUCAGGUUUGUGUAAAAAUGCUUUCAUUUUUGACUGAUUAAAUAACAAGGAUCAUAUCAGUUAAUCCGACAUUGGAAGGUAAAUCGGGUGCAGUGCAUUAUGGGAUACAGUAUUUCCCUCACUGUGCACUGGUUGUAGUAACUCAUCUGGGUUUUCUAUGUUAGUUACAUACUGUGCACAGUAUGCAUACUGCAGCAUGCUAUUCCAAACAUAGCCAUAAUUGAUGUUGCCACAGUGCCAUCCAGUGGAUAAACAGUAUAAAAGUGGCCCAGCCCAUGUAAUGGUGAAUGUGCAAAAAUUGUUGAGUCACGUUUAUAAAAAUACAAGACACCAUUUUAAUUUACAGUCAGCAUCAGUCUGGGUCAGAUGUGAAGUUGCUCCAGAUAAUGAACUCAUUAAUGUUGUGAGUGCUUACAGGAACCAAUAGUGACACUGCAUUGAAUGUAUGUUAAUGAUGAAGUGAUGCAAAUGUCCAGAUGACUAAAUUCUCAGGGAAAAUCAUUCAUUGUCAGCUGUCUAAAGGUGGCCAUUAACAUUGUACAGUUUAUUUACAGCAGUUGCAUUGAUGUUUUUAUACACUCUGCCUGUUGUUUUUCCCCUUACACAUUCGCAUCUUUGGCAAAACCUCAUUCUCCAGAAUUUAGAGCCAAAUGAGAUGCUGCCAAAUUGAGCAGGAAGUGCCAAAAAGCACUUAGAGAGGGACAUGCAUGGGCCCAAACAUCUGUUAAACGUAUUUUCUGUUCAAAUAUUGCUGUAUUUAAUGAGAGGUGCCUGUGUCCCACCAUUACACAUCUGCACAUCUAGUCACUUGACGUGCCACGCACUGGCCUUCUAGAGCCAAAAUCAGACCCAAACAUCCCUACAAAACAUCACAAAACGCUCGAAGCAUUUGACAGGUAUCGAACCCUCAACCCGACCCAGCCAUGAUUUCCCUGCAUGCCAUUUUAAAUGCAUGUUUCUGCUAAAUACAUUUUCAAUUUUUUUUUUCAAAUAAGUGGUUCAUUCUACAAUCGCUUCAAUUAUUCCUAUAUAAUAUAUUAAAAAUAUAAUUCCAGUUUCUAGUAUAAUAUAUAUAUAUAUAUAUAUAUAUAUAUAUAUA